GUUUUGUAUAAUUUUAAAAAGAACUUAAGUGCAUAUGCUGUAAAGUAUCAACAAUAUCAUUCAGAUGAUGAACAUCUCAUAAAAAUAGUCGAAAAUUUUUUCAAAUUCCAAAAAAGAUAAGACGUGAGCAAAAUUGAGUUGAAACUAAGGUGAUAAAAAAAUUUCAUCGUCAUAAAUCAAAUGAAAUUCCAUCAACAAGAUAUCACACAACAAAUUGACCUCAAAUGGAGAAAAGAGAUUAAUUAGUCAACAGCAAAUUAUUGAACUCAAUCUUUUUUUUCUACUUAACUUAUAUACAUAGACACACAAACAUACACGUAAAUAAUAGCUCUAUCAUCACUUGUCACCAAUCAGAAAAGGUGUUAUCAACAUCAUCUUCAAGGAGGUACAAUAUUAUAUCAGAAAACAACAAAAAUAAUUGAGAAGAACUACAACAACAAUUGACGAUGCAAGUUGAUAAAAAUUUGAGCUUCGAUCAAUUUUCACAUGACUUGACGUUGGCCUUACUGGAAGAGGAGACAUUAAGAGGUGGUAACACUGGAAGUCGAUGGGGUUUGAGGAGACGAACGAGAUCGACGGGAAAUUUACCAUGUCCACCACAACCAACAGAAGACAGCAGUUCAAGCAGUCCAACAGAUCCACCAACAAAUAAUGACAAUAACAACAACGAUAAUUUUACACAAGGUGCUGGUGCAAACAAUUCCAUAUUGAGUGACUCCGAUGAUCGUCACUCAUUUGCCUUAGCCUUUAAAUUGCGUCAGACACCGAUGAGUGGAAAUUUCGAAUCGGACUCGUUAAAUGAGAAUUUCAGUCCAUCACGUCCGAACAUCAGAAGAAAAAGGAAAUUUAAAAGAAUGGCAGUUGAAUAUGAAACUACACCGUCAACUCCACACACAACCGUACAUCCAAUAUUCCCAAUUAGUGGAACUGUCACAAAAAAGCGCGUCCUUAAACACAAUCAGGAGAAUUUUCGGUCAAAUUUAUUUUUUGGAAAGCGAAAACGUCCACAUCGCGAUAGAUAUGAAUAUUACGAGUCACAUAAACAUUCGAGUAGUGUGCCAAGACAACGGGGCUAUUUAUCACAAAAGGAUGGAUUGUCAUAUCUAGAGUACAAAAGUCGUAAUCGAGCAUCAUCAAUGUCAACAGCAAAGAGCCAUGGACAGGCGAUGGAAAAGAUUUUGCCAUUGAACAAAAGUAUCGUAUCGAAGAUUGAGAAAAUCUCACAAGACUCACGAAGUAAAAUGAACUUUAAUUUCACAUCAAUGCCAGUUGGAUCAAGUACUGAUCAAAUCGAUAGCUCUGCUCCAGUUGUGCAUUUCCACUCAACAUAUGGCGGUGACUUACGAUCUGAGGUGGUUAGAAAUCCAGUCGAAUCGACAGCGAUUAGUAGUGAUAUGGAAAUAAGCACAAAUGCUACAGACGAUAUAAAGAUAAGUCUACAGAAGAUGACACAAAAGUCGGGAAGUUUUGAAUCAGCCUUGCCUACAAAUAAUGCAAUAAAUACUGCAACAACAACGUCAACAUCAUCGACAUCAUCGGCUGUACAUUUAAACAAUUGUGUAAAUAAAAUUGAAACGUAUAAGAAAAAGGUGAAGCCUAGCGCUUCGUCAUAUGGUUACCAUGCUAAUACACCAAUUAACAAUGCUGCCUCACAUCAUCACCAUCAUCAUAAUCAUCAUUCAUCUCAUCAUCACCAUAAGCAUAAACAGAGUCGACGAAAAAUGCAAUUACAAUUUGAUGAUCAAACAGAUUUUAUGGACUGUGGUAAUUUCAACGACUUUCUUAGUUCCAGUUCGCUGAGUAGUAGUGAUAGUGAGGCUGAGGAGACAAACGAAAGCGAUCAUGAAGGUGAUGAUGAGCUGACAGAUUGGCCGGGACAUGAAGCGAUGAUCAACUUUGCAUCUAAAAAUGAAUUUAAACGUGCCAAUAAGAAGGCAACGGCAACAGGAGUGGUGAGUGUUGGCAACAAAUUAUCACAAAUUAAGCAACAUGAUGAAAAUUUUAUACAGGAUGAUGACACGCUGAUGUCGGCUGAUGAAGCUCAGGAUCCAACGACGUCAGAAGAGUCACCAAUUUUUCCACUUGGUGGUCCACAGACACCACAAGCUCCACAUACAUUAGAAGAUUAUCACAGGAAAUAUGGAAUGCCUUCAAAUCGUAUUCAAGCAUCACAUCCAAUUAAUAUAAUUGGGGCUCUAGACAGUAACAUGAUGCAAGGUAGUAGCAGCACGAGUGGUGUUGUUGCUGAUUGUGGCUAUGGCAGUAGCUUUGCUGCAUCAUCAUAUAAUUAUAAGCAACCGAUUGAAAGUGAAAUGUCGGGUGAGACAUCAAAUCAUUUUCUAUCAUCACCAAAUACAUUCUGUGAAGUGAGAGAAAUUAGAGCCGGAUGUCGUCGAGUUCGAGACGAGCGACCCGGUUUUUCCAUAAUUACAAGCUUUAAUGAGGAUCUUCUUAAAUUUUUACAAGACGAUCAGCAACGACAACUGAAAAUUUUUGAUAUUCAAGAGUAUGAUAAAAUAUUGGAACUGGCAAAAUUAUACUCGCUAAAUAUAGCAAGAGAAAAUGGGUGUAUAUUAUUAACUAAGACAAGCAACACUAUGCAAGCAGUGAAAGUUUCGAAGGAACACAAUAAAUAUUUCUUCAGUGAUUAUAAAAGGCGAUGUGUUGGAGGUGAUACAGAGUAAACCAUACCUUAAUAUCUAGUUAUGCUGAUGAAAACUUAGAUUUUUCAAAAAUAAAAGUUAAAAACGUAUCACGAUAAAAUAAAAUCAGCAACAGAAAAAAAAGUCUAUUUGGUUCUCUGUGGAUAUGAAGGAAGUGUGUGCAGGUUAGGGUCUCAACGAGUCUUGAGGGAACUUUGGGCAGAUCAGAAGUCAACUCAGUCCGACUUGAAAUGCUGAGAUCAAAAUAUUCUCAUUGGCGAUUUAUUGAUAUGCUAGCAGCUACAAAGCUUAUAGGGCAAUUAAGCAAUGAUGUCAUCAUUGCCAUAAUUCAAAGUUUUGACACUAGGAUGCAAUAUGCUGACUGUUUGAUGACUAAAGAUGACUUUACGUACGUUUUUGAACGUAAAGAUGACUUUAUGGCGCUAAACAGGCAAAUUUUUGGGAUAUUCAUGCAAACAAGCUUAAUGUCUGUCAAGUAUACAUAGACUCAACUCCAAAGUAUCCCAAGAAUUAAAUUGAGCUCAGUAACAAUAAGAUCAAAUAUUUUCCAAAAUCCAAAUAGCAACAAACAUCUAAAAUGACACCCAACUCAUCACAACCACAGAGAAUCCCGAAUCAUUUUUGAUAAAACCAUCAAAAUGCUUUCAAGCCUUUCAUUUUAAAGUGCAAAAAAGAGAAAAUGUUAAAAACUUAAGAUGAAUCAAUUCAUAUUUCCUUUAAUUCCCAUGCUAAAACCAUUAAAGAUUUUAAAACGAACGUCUAAUAGGUUUUAAAAUGUUUACUGUAAAUUAUUAUAUUCGCUAUUUUUGUUCCCACAAACUGCAUCAAAUUUUUGAAUGUCGCUAAAAAAUUGAAUUUUGGAAGUUUUUUGAAAUUAAAAUUUGUUUUGGAAUUGUUUGGUCAAAAAUUCGUUAAGGGCUAUUAAUUUUUAUAAAUUAUGGAUUGAAGUCAACUUGAACAAGUGAGGUUUGAUUUUAAGGUUCAGACAUUCUCAAAAAUAAUACAAUUCUCAGAUAGGUGUCUAAAUCCUGCUUGAUUGAAUAUGAUUUUC